AUGCUCCAGCUAGACCAGGUAGAAACUCACCUUUGGUCAGACUCAGCAGUAGCUCUCGCGUGGAUUAGGAGUCCGCCCUCGAGAUGGAAAGACUUCGUCCACAACAGAGUGGUAAAAAUCCAGGAAACUCUCCCGAAUGCCACUUGGAGACACGUCAGUGAGAAGGGGAAUCCAGCCGACUGCGCCUCCAGGGGCAUAACACCAUGUCAGCUAGCAGAUCAUCACCUCUGGUGGACAGGACCUGAUUGGAUAAAUCAGGACCCUGAAGACUGGCCACGAUCAACUAUCGAUGCUCCACCAAUGGACAUCCCAGAAGUGGCCAAAGAAGCGAAACCAGCAAAAUCUCACCCAGUCGUACAGAGAAUCAACGAGAUUGCCGAGCUCCUCAACAGAUACAGCACGAUGGCAAGGCUGUUAGCAGUAACAGUGACCAUCAACAGGGCCAUCGACAGAUUCAGGAGGCAGCCAAUGCCCCCGGGAUCUAUCUUGAUGACCAGAGAACUCAACGAUGCGAGAUUAUUUUGGGUAAAAAUAACACAACACCAGUACUUUGUUUCAGAACUCAGGGUACUUCUCAGAAAUCAACAACUACCUAGAAAUCACCAGUUAGCGAAACUCACCCCAACUCUGGACGAGGAGGGCAUCAUGAGACUUGGGGGACGCCUCAAGAACUCAGAACUCCAUCCAGAACAGAUCCACCCAAUAAUCUUGCCACGUCAGUCCAGAUUCACCACACUCGUCAUCGCAGAAGCUCACCAGAAGACCCUCCACGGAGGGACACAGCUCACCUUGGCCUACACUCAGCAACGCUAUUGGAUACUCGGUGGCAGGGGCACAGUCAGAGCCUAUAUCCUACGCUGUGCUAUCUGCGCCAGACACCGAGCUAGACAGGCUCAGCAACAGAUGGGACAAUUGCCCGCAACCAGAGUCUCACCAGCAAGAGCAUUUCUCCACACGGGGGUCGACUAUGCAGGUCCUUUUGCCAUCCUCAAAUGGAGACCCACGAAUGCUCAACCGGGAUCAGUGCACAUCGCAGUGUUCGUGUGCUUCACCACGUCAGCAGUUCACCUACAGCUCGUCAACAGGCAAACCACAGAAGCCUUCCUCGGAGCUUACAAGAGAUUCACCGGAAGACGAGGUAUUCCAGCAGUCAUGUACAGUGACAACGCCACCACCUUCGUCGGAGCAGCAGAUCAACUCGAAAGGCUCUAUCACCAAGCAUCUAAAGAAAAUCAACGUGUUCAGGCUGCUCUCGCCACCAAUGGCACUCAGUGGAGCUUCUCACCACCUAGAGCACCCCACUUUGGUGGCAAAUGGGAAGCAGCAGUAAAAUCAACGAAGCAUCACCUCAAGAGAGUCCUGGGAACGACAACGCUAACAUUUGAGGAACUCAACACAGUCUUAGUUCAGAUUGAAGCCUGCCUAAACUCCUGGCCAAUCUGUCCGAUGUCAGACGACCCAGAAGAUCUUCAGGUUCUCACCCCAGGACACUUCUUAAUCGGCGAGCCUCUACAGAUAGUACCAGAGUCAUCCUACGUCGACGAGAAUCCCCUCAAGAUGAGGAGAUGGAACCUCGUGACACGGAUAGUUCAACAGUUCUGGUCCAGGUGGUCCAAAGAGUGUCUCUAA